AUGGCGCUUAACCUCACCGUGAAAGUGCAUCCUGUAGUUUUGUUCCAAGUCGUGGACGCUUACGAACGCAGGAAACUGGAGUCAGUGCGCGUCAUUGGGACUUUAUUAGGCACAGUGGAGAAAGGAGUGGUCGAGAUAACCAAUUGUUUUUGCGUACCGCACAAGGAAUCCGAGAGCCAAGUAGAAGCUGACCUCACUUAUGGAAUGGACCUGUACGAUUUGAAUCACAGAGUUAACGCGCAAGAGAAUAUCGUCGGUUGGUGGGCUACUGGCAAUGAAGUCACCACACAUUCGUCUGUCAUCCACGAGUAUUACGUGCGAGAGUGUAAUAAUCCGGUACACUUGACUGUGGACACUACAUUAUUGAAUACCACGAGAAUGGCAAUUAAAGCUUACGUGUGCGUUCCAUUAGGAGUACCUAACGGCAAGAAAGGGUCCAUGUUCACGUCAAUCAAAGUUCAGGUUAAAUGUUACGAGCCAGAGGUUGUGGGAUUGCAGUCAUGUUCUAAACCUCAAUUGCAGUCUCACACGCAGACUGGCGCGAAACCUACCGGAGCAGUGGAACCUAUGAUGGAUCUUGCACAGGUUUCAGCAGCUUGCUCGAAACUUUCAGUAAUGCUGGAUCAAGUACUCGCAUACGUUGAUGAUGUUCUAGCAGGAAAACAAUUGCCAGAUAAUCAAGUUGGCAGAGCCCUCUUGGACAUGGUGCAUUCUGUGCCAAAAAUGACGAGCGAUCAAUUUGACAAGAUGUUUAACAGUAAUGUUAAAGAUUUACUGAUGGUCGUUGCUCUAUCGCAAUUGAUAAAAACACAGUUGCAACUUAAUGAGAAACUUACGUUACUUACAACUCUCUGACUAAAAGCGUUUUAAAUAAAUAAAUAUUUAAUCUUCAUUUUCUUGGAGUAA